AUGACGCAGCUGGAGAACAAUUUGGUCAUGUACGAUAAGAACAGCAUGGAGCCGGUGCAGCAGCUGUGGGGCACCACCGAAAACCGGAUGGAGUGCCAAUGUGGGCUUGAAAAGGUGGAGCGGAUGAAGGAGUGGCCUACGUAUCGGCUCACGCUGAAAGACUUCUGCAAAGCAUGGCCGGGGGCGAAGGUCUUUGUGAACGAUUACUCCACCAAAGGUCUCAAGCCGACCUUCUCCGAAAACCCUGUGGUAUACCUCUAUGACCUGAUGAUGGACACGAUCUUCGCCCAAUCCAUCAUCUACCAGAAGACCAACGAGAAGCCAGUGUUUCCCACUCUGAAGCACGUCGACAGCAGGCUUCCCAGCAAG